AUGGAAACAAGAUCUGCUAAGAAGAAAAAGCUUCUGAACGCUAACAAGGAAGAUGACAAAUCAGGGGAAGACCGGAUCAGUGAUCUUCCAGACGCUGUUCUUCAUCACAUUCUCUUCUUUCUUCCCAUCAGAUCUAUUGCACAAACUGGCAUCUUAUCAAAACGAUGGAGAGAUCUCUGGCUCUCCUUUCCUGAUCUUGACUUCACAACAACCACCCCACAUUCCAAUAAUGCUUCCAAAACUAUGAACUACUUAACCUCCCACAAAAAAAUGCAUUCUCACAUAGCUAAAGUUAUGAUCAUGGACUUUAUCACCCAAGUUUUAUCUCUCCGUGGCAAGCUCUGCGACAUAAGAAUCCUUCGUUUUCGUGCUCAAUUGAGUUUCUCUCGACUAAAUGGCUUGAUCCGUCGUGCAAUAAGGCAUAAUGUUCAAGAACUAGACAUUGAAGUUGCCAUGGAGGAUUACUUCAAUUUCCCUCGAAGCGUUAUUAGCAGUAAUUCAUUAAGGGUUUUCAAGUUGAAGUCUCGUUAUCCUGGCUUUAGAUUGCCCCCUUCAUCCACAAUGGAAGGCGGUUUUCGAUCACUCCAUACAUUGUCACUUUCAUUCGUUAUAUUGUAUGAACGACCGUCUCUUGGUGAUUUUUUUACAGAUUCAUCUUUCCCUCUCCUCAAGAAGUUGAAUUUAGAUACGUGUUUCGGGUUGAAACAUCUCAGUGUUAGUUGUCGAGCCCUCGAAUAUUUUACCCUAGAGAAUUGUUUUCAGUUAGAAAAUUUGGAGAUUUCUGGUCCAAAGAUGGAGAUACUGAGAGUAUCAAGUUGCUUUGAUGCACAUAGUAGCACUAGUUUUGUAAAGAUCGAAGCUCCAAGACUGAAAAUAAUAUUUUGGGCAUACAAUGCAAUUACUGAUAACUACAUUCUGGAGAAUUUGACUUCGCUGCAUGAGGCCUCUUUUGGUUUCUUUGUGCUUCGUGAGGAUAUGAUGAGUGCAGAAAAGGUUUGGAGCUUAUCCAAUUUUCUAUCUGGCCUCUCUCAUGCCCAAAGACUUAUACUACUUGAAAGCCAAUGUGUUGAGCUUCUGUCCAAGAAUAAUGAUCUUAAUGGUGGUGUUCUUCCUCCCUUUGAUAAUCUCAAGUCAUUGGAAGUGAGAACUGGUUUCAACAAAUAUAACAACAUCCUACGAUUCGCAAGCUUGUUGGGGAACUUUCCUACUCUCCAUACACUCAUCAUCAAAUUUUUUAGUGUUUCCAAGACUGAAAGGAGAUACAAUCUAAUUUCAUCCAAUUCUAGCAACGGAACACGGACUCAUGGGAUGUCUCUAGCUCAGGCGAAGAACAGUGCUGGGGAUCUGAAAGCCAAGCCUUGA